AUGGAUUCUACAGAUCUAGAUCCCUCCGUCUCCAUUUCAGCCUCUUCCCCACUGUUUCAACGAGAUACGCGCCCUGAACGCGAUCAACCGCGCCUGGCUCCGGCCUUACUCUUGUCCUCUCCGUCAGGAGACUCGAGCCCAUCGACCGUCGGUUCCCCUAGUCAACAAACCUCACCGCAGAGCAUCUCACUCGAGCCCCCGCCGCUGCCAUUCCUCUACCGCAACGGAGAUUCUCUGACAUCGUCACCGGUCAAUCGGAGGCCAGAAAGCAGCAUCUACUACACCACCGCUUGGGGGUCCCCAUAUGCGGCACCGAGUACACGCAGACUCUCACUGACCCAAAGCCAACUCACCGGGGUCGAUAACCCACCUGGAGAAAGCUCCCCCGUUCAAUCGGUAACCAAUUACACCGAGUUCCGGAGAUCGAGUACCACGAACGAUACGCUUGAGACCGCGGAGCGGGAAAUUGCCGGCCAGAACGAAGGAAAGUCCAUUCGGGAUUUUACCCAGGAUUGGAUUAAUCAAUAUCUAACGGGUCAGCCGAGGACGGAGCGAAGUAAUUGGCUCAGUGACGACUCUGGCAGUGAAGCGCCUUCCUUCUUUACGGCGCAGAAUACCUUUGCAGACGACGCUUCAGACGACUGGCUUGGUCUGGAGGAAGAUAUCCGCCACGACGAUCUCCUGAAAACACCUACGCUUUCUGACUUUGUUGGAAGGAAAGCUGCGGCUCGUGCGAAGGUCAAGAAGACGGUCCACAAACGCGCGGAUACUUUGCGCCAGGAAGAUUUCUGGGGUUUUGCUUACGACAAAGAUCCCCCACAGAACAAUAUGUCAGACACCCAACCUACCAUAGAGGCGGUUUCGCCGGUAGAAAAACCGCUUCCUCCGCCGCCAACAGAUGCGAAUGACGACCCGUCGACAAACGCAGCACAUACCGACCUGGCUCCUCUAAAAACACAAUUUUCUGAGAUUAGUAGGUCGGCCACUCAAACUCCUCGACGGAAGAAGAAGAUUUGGCGUGGAAAGGCUUGCAUCAUUGAAUUGCCAUUGGAGGAUACGAGAGGGUCAGAGGAAUCUGGCGUCAGUCUCAUGACUCCUGAGGACGUCAAGCAGCGGAUGCAGGGAUGGGAGGAUGAAGGAUACGAUAUCCGCGGAUUCACCAUUGGUGAUUCUGAGGAUCCCUCAGAAACCACGGCUCUGGGAGGUUUGAGCCGACCCCUGUACCCCGAGCCAUAUGAGCUCCACGAGGAAUCAAAGGUUCAGCAGCUCGUUGUCAACUUCCCCGAUAGGGCUGUUUGGGAUGCUUAUGUCGCCAAUCUUCAAGAAGAGAAGCUCCGGGCUCUCGGAGUAUCAUUUGGUGAUCCCGAGCCCGAGCCUUCCAUUUCGCCUGAUUACUCUGUCAACCAGAGCAACACUCCUUUCCCAGGUCUCGUCGCAUCGCCGCCCAUUCCCACUGGAUCAGCAGCCAGUAAUCCUCUGGGUCAACUUCACACGUUUUCUCCAUUCGGUCAACCAUCAAUUCCUACGCCUGGUCUGGGCUCCAUGGCGUCGCCGUUGAUCCAGACUCCGUAUAUGGGCGUGGAACAGAAUAUGAUGGGAGGAUAUCCCUUCCAGUUCCAGCCCACACCUCCUGCCCAGGGCUCUAUGACUCCUCAAGGCUUCAUCAAUGCCCGACAGGCUAGUGCUUCUGGGGGUCCAGGUGCCAUGGGCCAGUUUGCAUCCAUGCUCUCACCAGUCUCACCAAUGCACGAUCAGGGCUCUUUCCAUGCUGGCUUUAAUGAUAAGGGUGUCUUCGAUGAUCAAUUCGGCCAUGGUAUGCAUUCGGAUAUGCACCAAGCGGGCCUACCAUACCAGACUCCUCAGACCCCUGUUAAUGGGCACCCGGAUCACUUCCACGCCUCAAAUGUUGAAAUCGCCCACCCUACGCCUCGUGGACAUGGCCAUAAUCUCAGCGAAAACCUACAGAGAGGACUAGACCAGAUGCAGCAUACCGACUAUCACUUGGAAGACUCAAUUGAUCGUCAAUUGGAAGAUGACUAUCACGAUGUCAACCACGCAGGUCUUAAUGCCAGCAUGCUCAAGUCACGUUGGGCAUUGCCCCACGACCAGCAGCAUCCUCAAGAUGGCUCUCGUCAAGCAUCUCACUCUUUCUCCCAGCACCCCAACCAAUUCUACGAUGAGUACCACCAGCACCACGGGCACGAAGGUUCCGAUCUCGAUACCAACCCCAGUGUUUCCGGAACCCCACAAACUCGUGGUGUCAUGCCCAACCAAGUUCCGUGGCAUGAGGCCCAGCCCAGCGGAAAUUCUUAUCAUGGCCACCGCUCACAGCUCUCCGUUUCCUCUCUCAAUGUGGAGGCCAAGGCAUUCGAUCCUUCGACAUCUUUCGGUGCUCAGCCUGUGCCUUUCAACAAUGAUGCGUUCCAGUUUGGCGGCAUGGGUCAGCAAGGAUUCGGCUUUGCUCCUCAUGCCUUUGAGCCUGACAGCAGCAUGAAUGGUCCGGUUGAAUCUGAGCCACAAAGCAACAGCGGCUUCAAAUUCUCUGCUGCAUCAUUCAACGUGGAUGCUCCCGUAUUCAACCCAUCUGCCAGCAUUCAGUCGACUGCCAGCGUCGACCAACCCUCGCCUAACCGCACCAAGAUCUUCGGCGAUAUUGACAUCGACGAGAUCUCCAAGCCAUCCAAGCAAUCCAAGGCUAUCCCCAUCGUGCGUCCAGAUGAAAUCGAACAAGAAAACAAAGAAGAAGAAGAAGAGCAAAAUAUGGAGGAUAACGGAGAUGGCCGACCUGUUCCUUCUGAUCGUCACAAGCGUGCUCGCCGUGGUGUGGGCCACGCUGAAGGCGAAGCUAGAUAUAGCAUUUCGACCCACCCUCUGGGAGAGGCCGGCAACGCGCAGUCCUCGAGCACCCUCCAGUCUGUUGCCGAGGGCAAGGAGAACGCCAUGCCUGAUGAGAGGAACCCUGUCGAACGCAGAGGCACCCCUACCAGCGAGGCUGAUACUUGGACUCUCUUCGAUGCCAAGGCCGAGGCCGAGAAUAGGUCCAAUGGUGCCUCGCCUGUCCAGGCGGAGCCUACUGGAGAAUCCAAGAAUAUUGUCAUCGAAGAGCGUGAACCUAAGCAGGCUACUUUGGAUGAAACUGCUGCUGCAAAGGGUCCUAACCAUGCCGCUCAUGGAUCCAAGAAUUCCAUCAAGAGCACCAUUCUUUCGCCCACUGCUCCUGCAUUCGAGUUCAAACCUGCUGUUUCGGAGUUUGUACCCACCUCAGUCCAGCCUGAUAGCUUCUCUGAGCAGAAGCCUCUUGAAACACCUGUGAAGAAGCCUGCUGCCAAGCCUCAAGCCGGCAUCAUGGCUUCCCGCUUUGCUGCUAGUCCACCCAAGAAUAUGGAUACGGAAUCUACUGAGAAGCCAGAGCCCCAAAUCAUCACUCGCGAGCCUAAGGGUCUGGGAUUCCACUGGGACUCUGAGAACGACUCGCCCGAUGAUGAAGAGUUGAACGCAAUCAUGGAGCAGCUCAACGAUGACUCGGACGUUGGCAUCGAAAGACGCAUGACUCCGGCCUACACGACUCCCGCGCACAUGACUCCCUUCCAAAACCGACAGGAACACCUCACAGAGUCGAUGGGAGGUCCCACAAAAGAACAGCCGUUUGGUUCUGCAGAGGCCCGUAGCGAAGCCCCCAGUCCUAGCCCUGGUGGUGUCCCCAAGACCUACAAGCUCAGCAUCCCCAAGCUUGGCUCGGACAUCGAUGCCAACAGCAAUGCUACCUUCUCUCCUCAGAAAAGUCUUAUCUCCCGUCUUCAGUCCCCUGUUCGCCAGCUUGUUACUGAAAAUGAUCACGUCAGCGACUGGGACGACAUGAUCUCUGAGGGUGAAGAUGAGAAGUUUAUGAACCGCAACCGCUUCUUUGACCGUCGCAUCAACGAUCUUGUUGGCUCUGCCAUUGAUGACCGCCUGGGUCCAAUGGAGCGGGCCCUCGCUGUCAUCCAGCAAUCUGUUGCUUCUAUUGCCACUGGUGCUUCAAGCCGUCGCGUUUUCCGUAGCACCUCCGCCGAAAUGGAGGAUAGCGACGCCGAUGACGAGGAUGAUACCGAGCAUGAGACCGCCUCUGUUAGAGAUCGGUCACCCCACAACCUCAGAGAGCGCAAGCUGGAGAUGCUCAAGAACGUCGUCAUGGAAGCGCUCGUCACCCAUGAUAUUCCUCAGCGUGUGGCGCCACACUCAAGCCACAGUGAGAUGUCUCAGCUCAAGGAGAGUAUUGCUGAGCUGCAAGCUUUGACUAUCAAGAAGCUUGCUCAGGACCCUGUUGGCGAUAUGCGUGAAAUUGUCGAGGAAAUGAUGGCCAAGCAAUUGGCCCACCAAGCCCAGUUGACGCCUCGCCUGUCUGAGGCCGAGGAGAUCGGUGCUGAUAGUCUGAUGCUUCAGAUUGAGGGAUUGAAGAGCAUGCUUCGUCUCGCUGACGAGCGCGCUGACCAGGAGUAUAAGGAUCGCCGCCAGGCUCAGGACUCUAUGACUGAGCUCCAGCGACUCUUGAAGUACGCCGAGGAAGACGCGGCCCGUCACAGUGCCGCCGCUGAAGAUGCCGAGUCUCGUCUCCUCCAGUUCAAGGAAGAAAAAAUUCCCCACUUCGAGAAAAUGCAGUUCCGCGCUGUGUCUCUUUCUGAGGAGACCGAGACCCUCAAGGUUACUAUCGCUGAGCUAUCUACCAAGAACAUUGCCCUGGAGGGAACUCUGGAUGAGUACCGCGUUUCUAGCGAUAACUUCCGUCGUCAGCUCGAUGUCACCAAGGGUGAGAACAAGUCUCUCCAUGAGACUAUCGAUCACCUACGGACUCGGAUUGAAGAUAGUAUGGUCUCUCGCCAGAACCUCACUGAGAAGUUCGAUCGUCUUCAGGAUGACAUGAUCAGCCUGACUGCUGAUGUUACCCGUGACCAGUCUUCCUGGCGCAGGAAGGAGGAGGAUCAAAUCGCCAAGAACAACGAACUGCGCGCCUCUCACGCCCGCGAGCUUGCGAUUCGUGAGAAGCUCGAGGAGGACAUUCGUCAGCUCGAGAAGCAGGAGCGGGAAUCUGCUAAGAUCAAGUUCCUCUAUGAACAAGGCCAGCAGGAGAAUGGUAGACUGGAGGAUCUGAUCACCAGUCUACGGACUGAGAACCACGAUCUGCAGCUGAAGGCUGGUCGCUUCGAGCGCGAGUUCUCUGAAGCUCGUGAGAGCAGCCGGGUUGAAAUCCAGCGUACCCGUACCUCGCUGGAGGCAGACUUGGAGGCUUCCAACAGCCAGGUCAACAUUGUUCGCGCUGAGCUUGAGGCUCAGAUUAUUCGCCUGCAGAGUCAGCUUGACAACAACCGCAUGGAUACUGAUACCGCCCGGGAGCGUUAUGAGCUCCUCUUGGAGGAGGCUAGAGACUCGAAGGUAACUGCUUUGGCAGCUAAGGAUCUUGCCAUCGAUGAGACUCGCAAGAUGCACGAGCGGGUCCUCAAUGACCUGCGUGAGCGCCACGCUCGCGCUCUGCACAAUUCGUCUGAAGAUCGCCAGCGCGGCGAGAACACUACCAACGAACGUGUUGCUCUAGCGGAGGACAAGGCCAGGCACUACCAGGAGCGAGUGCAACAUCUCGAGGAGAAGCUUGAGAUUGCUCAGUCUGCUGCUCGUGCAGCUGCUGAGGCAGCUCACAGUGCCAAGGCAAACGACGUCUCAUCACCGGCCCCAACUCCAGCACCCUCCCACUCUCGGUCCACGCCUUCCAUGUCCUACAGCAAGGGAUCUGGCGAGCCCGAACGUAUCUCUCCUCAGGCUCUGCGCGAAUCUAUCUUCGUUCUCCAGGACCAACUCCAGCAGCGCGAGACCCGCAUUGAGGAGCUUGAGCAAGAGGUUUCCGCGAUAGACAAGGAUGCCCCAAGCAAGAUCAAGGAGCGAGAUACCGAAAUCACCUGGUUGCGCGAGCUUCUAGGCGUUCGUAUCGACGAUCUCCAGGACAUCAUCAAGACUGUCUCACAGCCCAAUUUCAACCAACACGCCGUCCGCGACGCAGCCAUCCGCCUGAAGGCCAACCUCCAAAUGCAACAGCAAGAAAAGGAACGCAUGGGCUCGGGUGCCAGCGCCCUCCCAUCCCUCUCAGAUCUCGCCGCCUCGCCCCGUUCGUUUCCCCUCGCCGCAGCCGCAGCCUGGGGAAACUGGCGCAAAGCCCGCGACAACAAUGCAGGCUCAUCCGAUCAGACUCCAUCAAAACCAAGUAACGCGGGUGCCUUCCUCUCGGGUCUCCUAACACCACCAAGCUCCCACGUUCGCCAGAAUGCCCCGCAGACUAGCGCUGCUGCGCGUUUCGCUGAGACACGGCCCUUGAGGGGAUUCACCUCUACCCCGAGACGCGGCUCAGUUCGUAAGGAUAUCCCUAUCCCCGAACCGCCCAGAACCCCGCCUCUGCUUCGUCGCUCAAGCUAUGAUCAUGAUGCCGAGCCGGCAAAUUAUGAGGAGGGCCACUUUGAUGAGAAUGAGAGUACUGUCGAUGGCAUGGUCUCUGCUUCGCCGAAGGGUGCCGAUGAUGGUCCUUUUGGGCCUCAGAUUGAUGAGGUUGAAGGUGAAGAUGAAGAUGAUGAGGCCGAGUCGGAAGUUGAAGGCCCAGGCGAAGACGAGCUGAGUCCAAGUCCUGCUGAGCAGGAGUGA